CCGGAACGCCUUCUCCACCUGCGCUGUACUCCUGUCACCUUGUCAGGGUUGCCUCUGAGCCCCGGGUUGGGCAGAGGAGGGAGGGUGAUGCGUGGAGGCCAGCCACUGGACUUUACGCUGACCUAUGACCUCGCACACUCCUAUCCUGCGGGCGGCCUCCCACCUGGUGACCUGGGUCCUGGGCGAGUGCGCUGGCCCCUCCCGACCUCAGCGCCCCACAAGGUCUGCUUCAAAGACCCCCGCAGGCGAACGGGUGCAGCUUGCUGCGGGGUCCCCGCCCACCCCGCGGGACAGGUGCCAGCCCGCCCUGCCGCCCCCAGGCACCACGUCCACUACGUGAUCCCGUACGACGGGGACCAGUCUGUGGUGGACGCCUCCGAGAACUACUUCGUGACAGACAACGUCACCAAGCAGGAGAUCGACCUCAUGCUGGGGCUGCUGCUCGGCUUCUGCAUCAGCUGGUUCCUGGUGUGGAUGGACGGCGUCCUGCACUGCGCCGUGCGCGCCUGGAGGGCCGGCCGGCGCUACGACGGCUCGUGGACCUGGCUGCCCAAGCUGUGCAGCCUGCGGGAGCUGGGCCGGCGGCCGCACAGGCCGUUCGAGGAGGCGGCCGGGAACAUGGUGCACGUGAAGCAGAAACUCUACCACAACGGUCACCCGAGCCCGCGGCACCUCUGAGCCGCGCGCAGGACUCGCGGGGCCGCCGGCCACUGCGCCCACGCUCAC